AUGCAUGAUGCCGGAGCGCUGGCCAGCAGCGAUGAGGACAUACCAGCCACGAACCAACGCGCCCUGCGCGAGUACACCGAUCCGCGCCUGGAGCGUGUGGCCGCCUACACAACGGCCACAAUGCGUCUGAAACCGGACAAGUGGACCAAAAUGAUGGCCAGUGACGAGUUUCGGCGCGUCGUUCUGGACUGGCUGGAGCAGCGACAAACUCGUGUACUCGUCCUGACUUUGAGUCCAGGCGGUGAACUGAUACCGCGAAGCAGCUUGAGCGAUUUGUAUCAGAACUAUGCAGUGCAGAGCAGCGCACGGGCCCCCAAUACUGGUACCAACAACAGCAACAACAAAAGCGAACUGGUGGAUGCAAUCGCCACCGCCACGGUCGCGGUGUCGGCAGCUUUAGCAGCCAGCAGUGCGUUGCUGGUGCCCAUGCCACCCGCUUCAUCGUCCUUUACAACACUGGACGGCGUACCGCGAGGUAAAUGCGCCUAUUUUGUGCGACGCGAUGAGGAUGUCCUGCUCAAUGACAGCAACUUCGAAAUGGCUGUGCUUUAUGGCGACUUUCCAGUGCAUAGCAAAAUCGAAACUUUGUCGCUACUGUUCGACGAGGUCCUGCAGCCGCUGCUUGAAUGUCCGUUAAAUCAAAAACGGUGGCCCGCUGUGGUUAGCAAAGAUCUGCAGGCGCGUAUCAAGGAAGUCCGCAACACGCUGAUCGAGAUUAAGGGCAAGACCAACAAUCGCACAAUUUUAUCGUUAUUAGUUUCGCCAACAAUCGUCGAGGAAGUUGCCGCCCACGUGGACCAGGGUAACCUAACGCCCGCUCUGGAUGCAAAAUUCCGGAAUCUGCUUGAGGAAAUGUUCAUCAAUUGGACCACGCAGAUGCAAGACAUUGUGAUGGAGCGUUCCGAGUGCCUGCCCAUGAGCUUGGCGACAACAGCACCAAUGACAUGCACACAAGCACCCAAGCAUCUACAUCCUAUUAUGCUACCGGCUCAGGAAAUAGCCUUUUGGACUAAUCGCAAGCUCAACUUGCAAAACAUCUACGAGCAGCUGCGCGCACCCACACAUAAGACACUUGCUCACAUACUUGAGCGCAUCGAGUCCGUCUAUCUCCAACCCUACUCUAAGGCCUUUUCCAAGCUCGUCGAUGCUUGGAUGGAAGCACAGGAUAUCUCGCUCUGGCUACAACCCCUCUUACGUCAGACGGCAGCCUUCAAUUCGGUGCAGUUCAGCAACUCGCAGGAGCUAAUAGUGCCGCUGGUGCACCUCAUCCAUCUAGUUUGGAGUAAUGCCCGAUACUACCGCAGCACCCAGAGGAUGUGUGUCUUAGUGCGCAGCGUUUGUAACUUGUUGGUGCAUCGUGCCGCCGAAGAUCUGGAAUUCCCAAUGCUUUUUCAAGGCGAUGCAGACGAAGGUUUGCAAAAAAUCAAUAAAACAUGCGAAGUGCUGGAAUUUUUCAAACAACGCAUGCUCGAGUACAAAGAGCGCUACUCCAACAACCAAAUAGUGCUGCCGUCCUUGCCUCAUACAAGUUCAGCCACGCCACCAGCCGCCUCGGGCACACCUGACGAUCUCCAGCAGCUCUGGCGCUUCUCCAGUGACGACGUGUUCGGUCAAACACUUGACGGCUUUCUCUCUCAACUGGCCGAGCUCCGUCAAGUUUUCGUAGCUGCUGUGCAGUUCCAAAGUCUAGAGAAGCUCGAAAUUGGCGGACUGCGGGGGAAGCUGCUCACAGAGCGUGUUCGCGAGAUAUAUGCCGAAUUUAAGUUGCUCUUCGAGCAAUGGUCUAACAUUGAAAUCGACUUAACAGCACCACCAGCUCCAUCCGGUAGCGGUGGCACCCAACAGCAUAAAUGGAAGCGCUUUAAGCGUGAGCAGGCACUUUUCUUUGCUCGCAUGGAACUGCUGGAGCAGAAGCUGUCCACUGUCCUGCAGCAGGCCUACGAACAGUGCCACAAUUGGGCGCAGCUGCUGAAGCUGACGCUUAUGUUUGGCACCAUUCUGAGGCGGGCAGCCGUGCAACCGGAACUGACCCGAGUGCUACCGCACAUGCUUCACAUUUACGAUUCAGAGCUACAGCAGUUGGAGCUGAGUGUAGCUGAUGUGCUGAUGGCCUACGAGUUUCAUGGCCUGGCUGCACUGCCCACACUCUGGAACUUUCCGCCUAUUGCCGGGGCUAUGAUGUGGAUUGAGCAACAUAUGCGCUGCUGUGAUGAAUUUGGUGACCCCGAGCUAAAUUCCUACAUAGCCAGGCUAUUAGCUGAAAAAUCAACGCCAGACACACUGCCCGAGAAAUGGCAACAGCUACGGGCACGUCGCAAUAUUUUGACCACAAAAUUAAGCACCCUACAGUUGAAGAUCUGGCAUAAUUGGCAGCAGACGAUAGAAAAGCUCAUAGCACAGGGUCUGCAGCAGCCGGUUUUGAUGCAGCUAGCAGAAGACUAUCAUUUGCAGUUGAACUUUUCGCAUGCCCUCUUCACUCUACUCAGGGAAACCAAAUAUUUGCUGGCUAUGCAGGGCAUUGGUAGCUUGACGGGUACACUCUUUCAACUUUCUCCCACUCUGCUAUCCCUCUAUGCGGAGCGCGAUGCCUAUUGGCAGCGCCGCAUCAAGCUUAUCAAAAUUGGUGAGUACUACAAUGGCAUUCGUUCUGGCGAAUGUGCCGCGGCCGAGCUGCAGCUGAUUGCUAGCGAGUUGAAGGACAUUGAUGGGCGCGUCUGCGUCGCUUGUGAACAGCUGACAUGGCAUAGCUAUGACGAGUUGCUCAUUGCUGAGAUAUACGAUAAGUCCCGCGAGCUCUUCGUGCGUAUGCAACAAUCGCAUGAGAACUUGGAGACAAUUUUGUCCAGCAUUCGUCGUUGGAGUCGCGAACCGUUGCAUCAGCGCAGUCUGUACGGCCGGAAUAUGCUGGAUCUGCGCCACCAACAGGAGAGAGUGCGUCUGCGGCUCCUCCAAUGCGAUGAGACGAAGGUUUUAUUAAACCGUCUCCUGAUUGCCAACUUCUGUUUGUUCUUCAACUACGAGACACAGCAAUUUCAAGUCUAUUCCCGAGAUCUUAGCGUUCAGGAGUUUUUGCGAGAAUUUCCAGAUGAACAGCGGCGGCAAUACAAUAAAUAUUUGGCUAGUGUUGAUGAGCUGAUUUGCCGGGAAGUGCGGGAGGCGAUGAGAAUCAGUUUAGAGUAUUUGUACAAAGAAAUGACAGCAAAAGCAACAAAAGCGGCAGCUUUAGAACGAGCAGAAGCAGCAACGAAUGUGAAAGCAGCCGCAACUUCAACGACAACGCCCACAAUGACGCCCUUGCCAACAGCAACAACAACAACAGCAGUAGGCAAUGGUGCGCUCUUUGAAGUAAAAGUGGAGCUGACGGAAGCGGAAAUACGUUUUUCACCAGCCUUUGACGAAAGUGUGGAAUAUAAUUUUCAACAAAUUGUCGAGCAGCUGUUGCUGGAUAUAAAACAGACAUGCGACUGCAUGCCAAGAAUUGUGGCUGACAAUGCGCUGUCAGAGUGCGAAGACGACGAGGAGGACGCCGCCGACAACGACGAUGAUAACGAACUGCAACAGCAGCAGAAAAGCAGGCAAUGGGGCAAGGAGAAAAUACCAUUCAUGCACCUUAACGCGGCCUUGCCAGGCAACUUGUUGGCAACCGCCAAAGCAUACGGAGAAAAAAUGGAAUGUGCAACGAGCACAAAAGCCGAUGACUUGGAUAUGCUGCGUUCUGCCAUACGCAAUGCCAUGGCUGACACGAUGCAGAAGGCUCUAGCCUAUGCUGCCAAAUUCAACGCCUAUGCAUUCCUUUGGACACAACAGGCUGGUGAUGUGCUAGGCGCCUGCAUGCAACGAGCGUGGGACGAACAGGCGGCAGCCGGUGGCUGUGGCUAUGCCAUCAUGGAGGCGUUCAAAAAGGAGAUUGAGCGCUACAAUGAGCUGCACGACACCAUUGAUCAGCACGAAAUACGGCAUUGUAUAAAUGGUUGGUUAGCAUUGGACCUCAAGCCCCUGAAAUAUGCGCUGCUAAAUCUUAGCUGCAAGUGGUCUCAUCUCUACAAGCAAAUGAUGCUAAACUAUGUGAAGCAAACAUUGCAGGAACUGAAUGCAUUCAUUGCUCGCGGCCACGAGACUCUGCAGUUACAUAUUCCGCGCCAGGACUUUCAUGCACUGUUGCGUGUCCUUGCAAUCAUAGCCCAGAUUCGAAAGUGCGAGCCCUAUGCGGACAAUAUCUUCAAACCACUCAAGGACAUUACCACACUUCUGAAGACCUACAACGUGGAGUUCGAGGCUCAGCUGUUGCGCAGCAUUGAGCAGCUGCCUCUCCAGUGGAAGCACCUGAAGGACCAAGGCCUGGCCAAGCAGGAAGCGCUGCAGGAAACGCGUUUCCAUCAGCAACAGCGCGUGUCCGCUCUCAUAGCUCUGCACUCCUGCCAUCUACAACACUAUUCAAGGCAGCUCGAACGCAUGCCGUUUUUCAACAUACCCUGCCCUCAAGUGUAUGAUUAUUGCGAUGCAGUCUAUAAGCGUCUGCAUGUGUUCAGAAUCGAACAGCGUCGUUAUACGCGUUGGGCCCAGCUGCUGGACAUUGCCAAACCCGAAGCAGCUACAUUGCUCUAUUGUGACACCGUUCUUAAGCGCGUUAAGCAAUUGUGGGACUUCGUACGCGUCAUCGAGUCCUGCAUUGUGGACUGGCAUGCUACCCCUUGGCUGCACAUCGAUACGGAUGACAUGGAGCAUGAGUGCAAGAAGUUUACACGUGAUCUCCGCACACUGGACAAGUCCAUCCGGGACUGGGCGCCCUACGUAUACAUUGUGGGUGUGUUGCGUGAGCUCGUGGCCUCGCUACGCGCCAUUACCGAGCUCCAAAAUCCAGCAAUUACAGAACGACAUUGGCUGGAGCUUAUGCAGCUGACAAAGGUCUCCUAUAAGAGCAACAAAUCCACUACGCUGGCAGAGCUGCUCAAAUUGCAACUGCAACAGCACGAGGAGGACAUAAAGAACACUGUUGAUCGCGCAAUUAAGGAGGCGACCGUGACGAAAGUUCUGGACGAGAUUAAGGCUACAUGGGCGCACUUGGAAUUCGAGCUGGAAAACCAUCAAACACGUCCACACAUUCAGCUGCUUAAGGUGUCCGAGGAGCUCAUCGAGACUCUUGACGAUAAUCAAAUGCAGCUGCAGAACAUUUCCACAUCGAAGCACAUUGAGUAUCUGCUCGACAAACUGUCGUACUGGCAACGGGUUCUCAGUGGCAUUGACACCGUUAUUGGGAAUUGGUUUGAGGUGCAACGUAAAUGGAUUUAUCUUGAGUGCAUAUUCAUAGGGUCAGCGGACAUACGCGCCCAGCUGCCCACAGAUGCGGCUAAUUUUGAAGGUAUAGACAAAGACUUUACGAACUUAUUGGGCCGAGUGGCCAAGGUGCGGGUGGUGAUGCAAGUGGUGUUGCAACAUGACGAUGUACUCGGCCAGCUUUUGCAGUUGCAACAGCGAUUGGCCGUGUGUGAGAAAGCGCUGAAUGAUUAUCUGGAGACGAAACGUUUGGCUUUUCCACGCUUCUAUUUCAUUUCGUCUGCCGAUUUGCUUGACAUACUCUCCAACGGCAACAAUCCUCAGAUCAUUGACAGGCAUCUGAUCAAACUGUUUGAUUCGAUUUUGCGUCUGGAGUAUGAGACGAACACCACGCGUGCUCUCGGCAUGCACUCAAAGGAGAACGAUGAGUAUGUUCGAUUUGUGCCAGCUGCAGGUGAGGAUCGACAAUCUGCCUACAUCGAGUGCAGCGGACGUGUGGAGCUCUGGCUACGUGCGAUCAUCCAACAAAUGCGCAGCACUCUGCACGAGCUGUUUCGCCGAGCCUUACAUGCGUUCACAGAUAAAUCGCGAGAUCUCUGGCUGUACGAUUGGCCAGCACAAGUGGCCCUCUGUUGCAGUCAGAUAAGCUGGACGGCGGAUGUGAACCGCGCUUUUGCCUUGAUGGAGGAGGGAUACGAGGGCGCCAUGAAAGAGUUGCAUAAACGACAAAUAGCGCAGCUUAAUGCACUCAUAAAUUUGCUUCUAGGCGAGCUAUCGCCCGGUGACCGCCAAAAGAUAAUGACUAUCUGCACUAUUGAUGUGCAUUCCCGAGAUGUUAUUGGUAAGAUUAUAGCGUCCAAGGUGGACAAUUCUUUGGCCUUUCAGUGGCAAAGUCAAUUGCGCCAUCGCUGGGACGAUGACCAGAUGGGCAGCUCUAGUGGCGCUCAAAGUGGUGGUGGUGGUGUCGGUGGUGCUGGAAGCGGCGAGGAGGAUUGCUUUGCCAACAUAUGCGAUGCCGAGUUUCGAUAUGCCUAUGAGUAUCUAGGGAAUACAUCGCGUCUGGUCAUUACUCCGCUGACAGACCGCUGCUACAUAACUUUAACGCAGUCGCUGCAUCUAUCACUGGGAGGUGCCCCCUCAGGGCCGGCUGGCACUGGGAAAACGGAAACUACUAAGGAUCUGGGCCGCGCACUGGGCGUAAUGGUUUAUGUCUUCAACUGCUCGGAGCAAAUGGACUACAAAUCUUGUGGAAACAUUUACAAAGGACUGGCCCAAACGGGUGCAUGGGGCUGCUUUGACGAGUUCAAUCGCAUCUGUGUCGAGGUGCUGUCGGUGGUCGCUGUUCAGGUGAAGACCAUACAGGAGGCGAUAAAGAUGCAUAAAACCCAAUUUAUCUUUAUGGGCGAGCGCAUUUCGUUGGAGCCGUCGGUUGGCAUUUUUAUCACCAUGAAUCCGGGCUAUGCCGGCCGAACGGAGCUGCCGGAGAACUUGAAAACAUUGUUUCGUCCAUGCGCCAUGAUUGUACCGGACUUUGCUUUGAUUUGUGAGAUUAUGUUAAUGGCCGAGGGCUUCCAGGAGGCACGUCUGCUGGCACGCAAAUUUAUCACACUGUACACUCUGUGCAAGGAGCUGCUCUCCAAACAGGAUCACUACGACUGGGGCCUGAGAGCGAUUAAGUCUGUGCUUGUGGUCGCGGGUACGCUGAAACGGGAUGACCACAGCCGGCCAGAGGAUCAGGUGCUAAUGCGUGCCUUGCGUGACUUUAACAUACCCAAGAUAGUCACUGAGGAUGUGCCCAUAUUUAUGGGACUUAUUGGGGACCUGUUUCCCGCACUGGAUGUGCCACGUAAGCGUGUCUUCGAGUUCGAGAAGACAAUCCGGCGAGCGGUAAAUGAGAUUAAGUUGCAGCCGGAGGAAAGCUUCCUCAUGAAGGUGGUGCAACUGCAGGAGCUGCUGGAUGUGCGUCAUUCCGUGUUCAUUGUGGGCAAUGCCGGAACGGGCAAGACGAAAAUUUGGCAAACACUGCGCGAAACUUAUCGCAUACAAAAGCUGAACCCAGUCUGUCAUGUGCUCAAUCCAAAGGCUCUGACCAGUGAUGAUCUUUUCGGCAUUGUUAAUCCGACAACACGUGAAUGGAAAGAUGGGCUCUUCUCAUCCAUAAUGCGAGAGCAGGCUAAUAUGCCACCGGGCAAUCCAAAGUGGAUAGUUUUAGAUGGUGACAUCGAUCCCAUGUGGAUAGAGAGCUUGAACACACUAAUGGACGACAAUAAGAUACUGACUCUGGCGAGCAACGAACGGAUCUCGCUGAAGCGUGAAAUGCGAUUACUAUUCGAGGUGGGGCAUCUGAAGGCGGCCACGCCUGCUACGGUCUCACGGGCGGGUAUUUUAUAUAUCAAUCCACUUGAUCUUGGUUGGUCCCCCUACGUAUCUUCGUGGCUGGAAACACGCGUCGAUAUUAUCGAGCGCGGUAUUUUGACCACAUUAUUUGAAAAGUACUUUCCAACCAUCAUAGUGCGUCAUCGGGAGUUUCGCCGCAUUACUCCCAUUAGCGACAUGGCCAUGAUACAGAUGACUUGUCAUCUGCUCGAGUGUCUUCUAGAUACUGGCUGUGCCACCGAUGCUCGUGGCGGACCUGGAGCUUCCAAUCCGCACACUCUUCAUCAUGGAGAACGUUCUCAUGAAUCCGCUGAGCUAGCACUUGAGACUAUAUUUGUGUACGUCACUAUGUGGAGCUUCGGCUCAGCACUGCAUCAGGACCAGAUUAUUGAUUGGCACCGCGAGUUCCAUAAAUGGUGGGUGGGCGAAUUCAAGGACAUUAAGUUGCCUGCUCAGGGCACCGUCUUUGACUAUCAGCUUAAUGUGCAGACACUGAAGUUUCAGCGCUGGUCUGAGUUAGCCGCGCUCGAACAAGUAGACAACAUUGAUCCGGAACUGCCACUUCAGAAUGUUCUAAUUUCAACUGCAGAAACCACACGCCUUGUCUAUUUUCUCAAGCUGCUCAUUGACCGAAAUCUGGCCUGCAUGCUGGUCGGCACUUCUGGCUGUGGCAAAGGUGCCAUCUUUCGUGAGCUAUUCAGCACAUAUGCCAGGGCACAGGAGCUGCUCGAAAUCGCUGUGACACCUGUCAGCAACAAUGCCGAAGCACCGAACUCAGUUGGCAACCAGUCGCCAUCCCCCGCUGCUGUGCUACGCAAAUCGUCCUCGCCUACGCCGCUUCUGACAACUGUGCAGACGACACACUUUAACUACUAUACUACAUCGGAGAUAUUCCAGAAAAUGCUCGACCGUCCACUGGAGAAGAAGUCGGGGCGUUGCUAUGCGCCUAGCGGCCCAAAGCGACGACUCAUCUACUUUGUCAACGACCUGAACAUGCCAGAGGUUGAUGCCUAUGGCACCGUGCAACCACACACUAUUAUGCGACAGUUCAUGGACUACAGGCAGUGGUACGAUCGCCAGCGCCUGCAGCUAAAGGACAUACACCACUGUCAGUUUGCGGCGUGCAUGAAUCCAACCGCUGGCUCCUUCACCAUAGACCCCCGUCUACAGCGACACUUUUGCGUGUUCUCCGUGGCCCCGCCAGCCGAAGAUACCCUACACUUUAUCUAUAGCAGCAUAUUAAGUAGUCAUCUUGAGCAUCCGGCUCAGGGAUUUAGCAAAGAAAUACGUUCUAUGGGCAGUCUGUUGGUACGCGUGGGCAUUGCUCUACAUCGACGGGUAGAAUAUGCAUUCCUACCCACAGCUUUGAAAUUCCACUACGUUUUCAACUUGCGUGACCUUACCAACAUUUAUCAGGGUCUGAUGAAUAGUGCGGGUGCUCCGGUCUCGGCAGGCGCUGCUGCCAGCAACUAUAGCGGGACCGUUUGCAGCAAGCCCGCCGAACUGAUGCGUCUAUAUGUCCAUGAGGCUUUUCGUGUUUACCACGAUCGUUUGAUGGAUCAGUAUGACAUCAAGUCGUUUAAGUCGUCCAUACGCGAUAUAUUUAAGAAAGACUUUGAAGACUUUGAUGAAGACUUUGUGUUUGCCGAGCCACUGAUCUACAGCCACUUUGCUCAGUCGCUGGUUGAUCAAAAAUAUAUGCCGCUUAAGAACUGGGAAACACUCUAUCAACUGCUUCUGGAGGCCCAGGCCAGUUACAAUGAGGUUGUGGGUUAUAUGAAUCUUGUGCUCUUCGAAGAUGCCAUGAUACAUGUGUGUCGUAUUAAUCGCAUUCUGGAAAAUCCACGGGGGAAUGCCCUGCUCAUUGGCGUCGGGGGCUCGGGAAAACAAACACUGGCACGCCUUGCCGCUUUCAUUUCUUCGCUGAGUGUUUCACAAAUCCAAAUUAAACGCGGAUUUGGGCUGCUAGACAUGAAGGAAGAAAUAGCUGGCCUGUUUAUGAAGGUGGGCCUGAAAAAUGUCGCCUCAGUUUUCCUCAUAUCGGAUGCGCAAAUACCCGAUGAGUCUAUACUAAUGCUCAUCAAUGAUUUAUUGGCUUCUGGUGAAAUACCCGAGCUCUUUAAUGACGAUCAGCUAGACAGCAUUGUCAAUGGCAUACGCAAUGAGGUCAAGCAAAGCGGCACAUUGGACACUAAGGAAAAUUGCUGGCGUUUCUUUGUAGAGAAGGUGCGACGCCUUUUAAAAGUUGUGCUCUGCUUUUCGCCCGUUGGCCAAACGCUACGCGUACGAGCUCGUAAAUUCCCAGCAAUCAUCAGUCGGACGGCCAUCGAUUGGUUCCAUGAGUGGCCGAAAAGUGCACUAGAAUCGGUCUCGCAAAAGUUUCUUACUGAAAUCAGCGACAUUUUUCCGCUCACACUGAUACCUCCCAUUGGCUGCUUUAUGGCCUUUGUACACGGCACUGUGAAUCAGAUAUCGAAAAUUUAUCUUCAAAAUGAAAAACGCUACAACUACACGACCCCCAAAACAUUUCUCGAAUAUAUUUUUCUCUACCGCAAACUGUUGGUGGACAAAACCGGUGAGUUUUCCCAACGCAUUUCACGCCUCCAGAGCGGAAUGGCAAAGUUGGCGGAGUGUGCUCGUCAGGUUGAUAUGCUGAAGCAUCAAUUGGCCAUACAAGAAGUGCAACUGGCAGCGAAAAAUGAAGCUGCUGACAAACUUAUCGUCAUUGUGGGUGCCGAGAGUGAAAAGGUCAAGCGUGAGCGUUCCAUAGCCUCGGAUGAAGAGUCACGUGUGCGCAUCAUUGAGGAGGAUGUGUCCAUCAAAACCAAAAUGUGCGAAGAGGACCUACGACAGGCUGAGCCGGCGCUAGUAGCCGCACAGGCAGCACUCAAUACGCUAAAUAAAAAUAAUUUGACGGAGCUGAAAUCCUUCGGUUCGCCACCCAAGGCCGUGAUUAAUGUGUGUGCCGCCGUUAUGGUUCUGCUCGCCACCAAUGGAAAAAUUCCACGCGAUCGCAGCUGGAAAGCGGCCAAAUUGAUGAUGGUGCGCGUCGAUCAGUUUCUGAACGAUUUGACCAACUACGGCAAGGACAACAUUCAUCCGAACAUAAUUGAAACGCUGCAGGAGUACUUAAAAGAUCCCGAAUUCAAUCCGGACAAGGUGGUGCAAAAAUCUGUGGCAGCUGCCGGUCUUUGUGCCUGGGUUAUCAAUUUGUAUCGGUAUCAUCAGGUAUUUCUUAUUGUAGGGCCCAAGCAGCAGGCUCUACAGGACUCUCAGCAAGAGCUGCUCGAAGCGCGUGAGCGUUUACAGUAUCUUAAAUCAAAAAUCAAUAAUCUGGAGGCUAAGCUGGCCGACAUUCAAGCUGAAUUUGAGGAAGCCGUUGCUGAGAAGCAAAAAUGCCAACGCGAAGCAGACAAAACUGCCUUUACCAUCGAUUUAGCCCAUCGUCUGGUCAACGGGCUGGCCAACGAGAAUGUCCGUUGGAGGGAGUCGGUGCAGAGCUUGCAGGCAAAGAUUGGCACUCUGCCUGGCGAUAUACUCUUAAUUUCCUCAUUCCUGUCGUACGUGGGUUGCUUUACGCGCCGAUAUCGUGAGGAGCUGCAACAUAAGAUGUGGCUGCCGAACUUUCGCAAAAUCGAUCCACUCAUACCGCACACGGAAGGCGUGGACACGUUGGCGCUAUUCUCGGACGAUGCAAAAAUAGCCACUUGGAAUAAUGAGGGCUUGCCGAUGGACCGCAUGUCCACAGAGAAUGCCACUAUACUGGAGCACUCGACGCGCUGGCCCCUAAUGAUUGACCCACAACUUCAAGGCAUCAAGUGGAUAAAGAAUCGUUUUGGCGACGCUCUGGUCGUAGUCAGACUGUCACAGCGUGGCCUGCUGGAGGCACUAGAGAAAUGUAUCUCACAGGGCAGCACGGUGCUCAUUGAACAAAUUGAGGAGACUAUGGACACAGUACUGGAGCCGCUGCUGAGCCGUGCACUCAUCAAAAAGGGACGUUACCUGCGUAUUGGCGACAAGGAAAUUGAGUUCAAUCCUAACUUCCGGCUCAUUUUACACACCAAGCUGGCCAAUCCGCACUACAAGCCGGAAAUGCAAGCGCAAACGACACUUAUCAAUUUUACGGUAACGCCAGAUGGGUUGGAGGAGCAGUUACUGGCCGAAGUGGUUAAGAUUGAGCGACCGGAUUUGGAGAAAAUGAAAACGGACGUCACAGUGCAGCAGAAUAAGUUCAAGAUCGAGCUAAAAGCUCUUGAGGACGAGCUGUUGGCCCGUCUGGCAUCGGCCGGUGAAAACGUGCUGGACGAUCACGCAUUGGUCUUGAAUUUAGAAAACACGAAACGCACGGUGGAUGAGAUAGAAGCCAAGGUGCGUGAGGCUCGUGUCACGACGCUACAAAUCGACGAUACACGGAAUAUUUAUAGAGCGGCUGCGAAGCGCGCAGCUAUUUUAUAUUUUGUACUCACAGAUCUUAAUCGAAUUAAUCCUAUCUACAAAUUUUCGCUCAAAUCGUUUAUGCACGUUUUCCGCCAGGCCAUUUCGUUGGCACCGGAUUCAAAAAACUAUGAGAAGCGAGUCCUGCAUUUAGUCGAGUCCAUAACGCUGCAAACUUAUCGUUACACCUUGCGCGGCCUCUUUGAGGCUGAUAAGCUUACCUUCACGUCACACAUGACGUUGCGCAUUUUGAUUGCCGCCGAGCAGGUGGCCAAGGACGAAACAGACUUUCUGCUGCGCUAUCCACAUGAUCCCAAUACUCUGUCACCACUAGAUUUUGUAGAUCGCAGUGCAUGGGGUGGCAUCAAAUCUCUGACGUUGAUCGAGCAUUUCUAUGGUCUGGACAAGGAUAUGGAGAACUAUACAAAACGAUGGCGGAAAUUUAUGGCCAGUGAUGCCCCAGAGCGGGAACAGUUUCCAGGCGAAUGGAAGCAUCGCACACCUCUCCAGAAAUUGUGCAUUGUGCGUGCACUCCGACCGGAUCGCCUCAGCUACGCAAUGCGCCAGUUUGUCGAGCAGACCAUGGGACGCGCCUAUGCGGAGGUGCAAACAUUUCCUUUUGUAGCCAUUUUUAAGGAACUAAAUGCAGCCACGCCCGCCUUUUUUAUCCUCUCACCGGGUGUGGAUCCCAUACGCGAUGUGGAGCGCUUUGGACAGCAGCAGGGUUACCAUACGGAGGCCGGCACACUUAUCAAUAUCUCGUUGGGACAAGGUCAGGAGGUGCUGGCAGAACAAGCCAUACAGCAGGCACUGCUAUCGGGCCAACAGUGGGUCGUACUUCAAAACAUUCAUUUGGUCGUCAAUUGGCUGCCCACACUCGACAAACUCAUCGAGCGCAUUGUGCUCGAAGCUGAGUCACAAGGCAACUCUAACUUUCGGCUUUUCAUCAGCGCCGAACCGGCACCUGAUCCCCAAUACCAUAUCAUACCUCAAGGCAUUCUUGAGUCCUCACUUAAGGUGGUAAACGAACCACCGGCUGGCAUGGCAGCUAACUUACACAAGGCCUGGGACAACUUCUCGCAAGACAUACUUGAAACGUGCACCCAGGAAGCUGAGUUCAAGUCUAUACUGUUUGCGCUCUGUUAUUUCCAUGCUGUUGCCGGGGAACGCCGGAAGUUCGAGCCGCAGGGUUGGAACAAGGUUUAUCCUUUCAACAUUGGUGAUCUCAGUAUCUCGGCCAAUGUGCUGCAUAAUUAUCUAGAGGGCAGCAAUCGCAUACCGUGGGAAGACCUGCGUUAUCUCUUUGGCGAGAUCAUGUAUGGGGGUCAUAUUACGGACGACUGGGAUCGGCGACUUUGCCAGACCUAUCUAGAGGAACUUUUGCAACAGGAUCUCAUUGAUGGGGACUUCGAGCUUUGUCCGGGUUUUCCUGCACCACCUAACUUAGACUUUGAGGGCUAUCACAGCUACAUUAACGAAAUGCUGCCCGAUGAAUCUCCUAUGCUGUAUGGACUGCAUCCGAAUGCUGAGAUCGGGUUUCUGACCACUGCUUCAGAGCAAUUGCUGCGAACUAUUUUCGAACUGCAACCUCGCGAGUCUGAACUGAGUACCCACUGUGGUGCUCCACGCGAAGAACUGGUCAAGAUAAUGAUCGACGAUUUUCUGGACAAGCUACAAGACGAGUUCAAUCUUCAGGCUCUCCUUAAUCGUGUAGAAAGAAAAACGCCAUUCGUUGUCGUAGCGCUCCAGGAGUGCGAGCGCAUGAAUGCACUCAUUCGCGAGAUUAAGCGCUCCCUACGCGAACUGAUGCUCGGCUUGAGAGGCGAACUUACCAUUACACAGGAAAUGGAGCGCCUUGAUCAUGCAAUUUUCUAUGAUCAUGUGCCGGCUGCGUGGGCUAUGUUGGCUUAUCCCAGUAUGUUGGGACUUCAGGGUUGGUUUGCAGACUUGCUUCAUCGCAUUAAGGAGCUGGCGGGCUGGCUAAAUGAUUUCAAGCUGCCCUGCGCCAUUUGGCUAGGAGGACUCUUCAAUCCCCAAAGUUUUCUCACCGCCAUUAUGCAGGAGAGUGCAAGAAAGCAUGAUCUGCCGUUGGACCGCAUGUGUCUUAACUGCGAUGUGACCAAAAAAGAGAAGGACGAUGUGACCUUGCCACCAAUCGAAGGCGCCUUUGUCCAUGAACUGUACUUGGAUGGCGCCAGCUGGGAUACCCAGCUUAAUUCCAUUGUGGCCCUACGACCCAAGGAGUUGCUUUGUGCCAUGCCAGUAGUUUACAUUAAGUCGAUUGUUCAGGAGAAACAAGAAUCACAACGCAGCUAUGAGUGUCCACUUUACAAGACCAGGUCGCGUGGCAACACCUAUGUGUGGACUUUCAAUCUAAAAACGCGCGAACGCCCAGCCCGUUGGAUUCUGGGUGGCGUUGCACUCUUGUUGCAGCCAUAAAUAAAAGAAAAUGGCCGCCCAAACCUUAGAAGCUUGCAC